UACAUGAACCUGUCGAUAAUAGCAGAAUUGUUGAUGUUUACGCGUUGGACGUGAACGACGCGUUGCUUGAAAUGUGUAUCUCGUGGAAUAUCAUAUUAUAAAUUAAGUUAACAUUAUGUUUACCAUAAUGCGCCUUCGAUCGAGAUAGUAGUUUUAAGUGUAAAAUUCUAGUAGUGAUAAAAUGCAGGAAAUGCAGGAAGAUGAGGUCCUUAAACAAAGCUACGAAUCGGAUAUACUACUUAAGGAACAUCAUGGAAUUAUGGAGGACCUUAAACGGGAUUUACAAUUAUGCAAGGUAGAACAGAAUAAUAUAAGAACUGAAUUAGAAAGUUUACGAAAUGAAAGUCAUAAAGUUAAUGAUAUAAAAGAAUCUUUAAAUCGCAUUCAUUUGGAAGAAUGCAAUGACCAAGAUUUUCAUAAGAAAGAAAUAGCAAAUUUACAAGAACGCCUUAUACUCUUGGAGACUGAGAAAGAUUCAGCUUUGCAGCUAUGGCAUAUUUCAUUAAAUACCAUAAGUGCCUUAGAAGAAGAAUUGAGAGGCCUUCGUACAAAUGGGAAAGAUACAAAAUUCUAUCAAGACCAAGCAAAUGCUAUUAAGGAAAGUUAUUCUGAAGCUAUAAAAAUGUUAGAAGCAAAACUUACACAGGCCAAGGAUAAUUUUAUAAAACAUCAAACAUUAUAUCAAACAAGCAAGGAAAGAGUUGAACAUUUAACUAAGGAAAAGGAUGAUGUAGUAGAGAAAUAUAGAAAUCUACAAAAACAGGCUCUAGAAAAAGAUAGGAAUAAUCAGGUAACAAUAGAAACAUUGAAAAGAGAAUUAGCUUAUGCCAAAGCAGAAACUAGUAAAAUAAUACAAGCCAAAUUGGAAUUGGAAAAAAAAUUGAAUGAGGUUAAAAGGUAUGCUGAUAAUAUAGUGGAAAAAGAUAAGGAAACAAAGAAUAAAAUGGCAGAGGCUAUUGAGCUAAUAGAAUCUGCAGUUAGAGAAAAGGAUUUAGUUCUUCAUCGUGAAGCUCUUGCUUUGGAGGAAAAAUCCAGAUUAGAACACAGAUUAACAGUAAUAGCAAGUGAAUAUGAUGCAAAGAUACAGCAAAUAAAUAAUAAAACUAAAGAUGAAAUUGAAUCAAAUACAAAAAAAUAUUUGACUGAAAUUAAAGAGCUAAAAACAGAAUUAAAAGAUAAGACUGCACUUUUAGAAAAAACUCAAAGAGAAUUGAAAUUUACUGAAGAAGAACUAAUUAAUAUACGGCGAGAUUCAAAUGUAAAGUUACUAGAUUAUGAACAAAAAGUAAAACGCUUGGAACUUCAAUUACAAGUAUGUAAUGAAACAAUGGCGAAAAAUAGAUAUGAUGUAGAAAUUAAACAGUUAACAGAUAAAAUUGCUACUCUUGAAAAUAAUCUAGCUACCUCCAAUGAAAAAUUACAGAAACUAGAGUGGCAGCAUUCCACUAAUAUAGAAGAUCAGAUGAAGCAAGCUAGUCGCGAUAAUAAAGAUAUACUGAAGCAAUAUUCAGAUUUAGAAAAUCAAUUGUCUAAAACAUUAGGUGAUAAAGAAAAUCUUGUAUCACAAUUGAAAUCACUGAAGCAUGAUUUUGAUCAUGAAAUACAUAAACGAGAUAAUGAAAGAUAUUCUCUCGAAAAUAAAAUUCGUGAACUAGAAGUUAAUCUUCACAAGGCAAAUUGUGCAAGAGAAAGUAAAAUGAAAGAUGCUCUCAAUGAUGAAAUGAAUCCCUAUCUAUACGACAUAAAAAAUAAGCGAACUGUAGAUAUAACAGUAGAAAAUAAAUGCCAUUGUUGUCAGUCAGUAUUAUCGGACCAUCUAAAUAAAUUGCAAGAAAAGUUUGAAAGAAAAACAAAAGAAUUAAUCCAUCAUGUCCAAGUUCAUCAGAAACUGAGUAAAAAGUGGAGAGAUGAAGCCAAAUCACUGACAAUAAAAUUUCAAGGAAAAGUCAAAGAACUUAGAAGUAAAAUUAAUGCAUUACAAAAAGAAAAUAAUGAAUUAAGCACAGAACUGUUAACUUGCAAGCAACAAUUAGCCCAGUAUACACUACAAGACAUACAAAGAUUCAAUACAACAAAUGAAAUUAGGUGACAAUAUUGUUUUUUACCUAGGAAAAUUUUACAAUCAAAAUUUGAUUGUGUAAAUACUAUAAGAACAUAUAAAUUUAUUCCCAUUAAAAAUACAUUUUACAUUUUACACUAUAUAUAUUUCUUGUAUUCUGUUUUAAAUACUGCCUAUUUAUUAAUAGCACAGUCAGAAUUGUGCUUAUUCUUUGGAUACAAUACAGGCUGUAAAUAAACUAGGGAACCAAUAUAAAGUUUCAUCAUCACCUUGUUCAUCCAACCAUGCUA